AUGCGUCCUUUAAACUCACCUUCUAGUUCACAGUCAGUAGUGGGCUCAAAUGAUUCAAUUAAAACACUUAAUACAUCGAAUUUGUCUACCUCACUAAGUACUGGUUCAAAUCAAUCAAAUUUGAAAGAAAGGAAAAGACAAAUACGAAUAUUAGUAAAAAGAAAAGCGAAAGAAAUGAUCGAAGAAUUUGCUGCAAAAAAAGCGCUAAAAGCAGCACAAAAAGAAUCAAACAUAUCUUCAAGCUCAUCGUUGAGUAGUGAUGUUCGACAACAUUCAGACUCUAGAAUUCCCAGAGACAGUAAUUCUCAGAGUACUUUUGAAAGCAACACCUCAACAACAGGAAAUGAACAGCAACUAUUGGUAGAGCUGCACAAUGACUCAAAAUCAUUAUCAUCAAAUAGUAGUACAAAAUCUGUAAAUUUAAGUAAUGUUCAUACAAAUCUUGGAGCCCCAAGAAGAAUAUUGACGAAUACGUUAUUGUAUAACAAGGAGAGACAAACGAGAGUGAUUUCAGAUGGAAAGUUCUGUGGUGGAUAA